UAAUUUACUUUCAAAUCUGAAAACUACACCCAUAAAUGCUUUCUUUAUAACAUACAUAGAAUGGAUGCUAUGUACAUUCCUCACCCACACAUUAAUAUUUUCAAGUAUGGCAUAGAUGGUGACCAUAGUUCAAAACCACAUUCUACACGUACAUGUACAUCCACGUUGAUCAAUUAAUUUAAUUAUGUGUCGCCAUAUUAAUUUCUUUGACUUUUAUUGCACAAACUAGUCCUCUAACCCAUUCUCCUCCAUCUCUACAUUUAACACAUGAUUUAUUUUUGUUUAUAUUUUGAAAAACAGAGACAAUACAUACUCACCAUAUAUUAUUCUCUUGAGAGAUUAAUAAUUUUAGUUUCUCAAAACCUUCUUCACCAUGCAUUCUACAUCUCUUAAAUGGCUAAGCCUUGUAGCCAUUAUAUGGCUCCAAGCUAUAAAUGGAACAAACACAGAUUUCCCUGCUUACUCUUCCCAACUUAAACAACUUCUUUCCAUUUCUCAAAUUCAACUCAACACCCUUGCUUUUGCCUCCGAUGCCGGAAAACUUUUCGGUUGGCUUUCCGGCCUCGCUGCUAUUCACCUCCCUCUCUGGCUUGUCCUUAUCAUCGGUUCGACUCUCGGACUAAUCGGUUACGGUGUCCAAUAUUAUCUCUUCCUAACCAACCAAAUUUCUUCUCUAUCUUAUUGGCAUGUGUUCUUACUAACUUUUCUAGCUGGAAAUAGCAUUUGUUGGAUUAACACUGUUUGUUAUGUUGUUGCCAUAAGAAACUUCUUAUCUAAUAGCCAAGUUGCUGUUGGAUUAUCAACUAGUUAUCAAGGAUUAAGUGCAAAGAUUUAUAUAAAUAUUGUUGAUGUUGUUUCUCCACAUAAUAAGGCUAAGACUUUUCUAUUCAUGAACUCUCUAGUACCUAUAGUUAUUAGUUUAUUAGUAGCUCCUAUAGUAAGAGAAAUUGAAGUGAAAAAUCCUAAGCAUUCUAGUGUUGGAUUUGCUUUGAUGUUUGUUAUUACAAUUGCAACUGGAAUUUAUGCUGUAAUGAGUAGCUUGCAAUUUUUCACAUCCAAAAUAUCAUCACUUGGUGUUCUUAUUGGUCUUCUAGUGUCUCUUCUUUUGCCUCUAUUGCUUCCAAUUUCCUUUAAGAUCAAGGAACUAGUUGAUUCAUGGUACAAGAAAAGAGAAAGACUAAGAGUUUACCAUUUUACAAUGGAUGAGAAUAAUAAUGAAGAGAGUAGAGUGAGUGAGGUGAAAGAAGGAGAAGAUUGUAGUGAAGUUGAAGAGAUUGAUGUUAUGGAAGAAAUUGGAGUGAAGUUAAUGUUGAAGAGAAUGAAUUUUUGGUUAUAUUUGUUUGUUUAUUUUUUUGGUGCAACAAUUGGUUUAGUGUUUCUUAACAACCUGGGACAAAUAGCUGAAUCCAGAGGUUGCUCUGCCACUUCAUCUUUGGUGUCUUUAUCUUCUUCUUUUGGAUUCUUUGGCCGUCUCAUGCCAUCUCUAGUGAACUACUUUUACAGGGGAAAACAUAAAAUUUCAAGAGCUGCCUCAAUGGUGGCAGUGAUGGCACCAACAUCAUGUGCAUUUUUCUUACUUAUUAACAAAAAUGACCUGGCACUUUACAUAAGCACUGCUGUGAUUGGAGUGAGUACUGGAGCAAUCACUUCCAUUGCUGUUUCCACAACAACUGAAUUAUUUGGAACAAAGAAUUUCUCUGUAAACCAUAAUGUGCUUGUGGCCAAUAUCCCAAUUGGGUCAUUUUUGUUUGGUUACUCAGCUGCACUUGUUUACCGUAAGGAAGGAAAUGAACAUGGGAAUUGUAUUGGCAUAGACUGUUACAGAAACACUUUUAUCCUUUGGGGUUCAUGUUGUUGCCUUGGAACUUUAUUGGCUUUAAUUUUGCAUACUAGAACUAGAAACUUUUACUCACAUAAACAAUAGGUAACAUUUUUGUUUAGAUAUUAGUAUAUAUCUUUUCAAUAUACACAGGGGAUAUUGUGUAAUUCAUGUCCCCCAAUCAAUCUCACCUACUUUUUACAGCAAUUUAAUAUUUAUUAUAUAAUUGAGUAGGUUAGAAUACCAUAAAAGGUAGGUUCUGUAUAAUCAAUAUGAUAUUGAUAUAGAAAUCAUUCAAUACUAAAAUAAAAUAAAAUUCUCAUU